CAAAAUCUUAUUGAUGUUAGAAAUGGCAGCCAAAUUUCACAUCUCUUCUUCCUUUAGUCACAAGGCCAAUGAUUCGACAACUUCAUCAUCUUCCUCGUAUUCAUCGUUGCUUGUUCUGCCUCGAUUCCUCUGUACACCAUCUUCAUCAGGCUUUACACAGUUCAAGCUUCACGCCAAAUUAGGUGGAGGUGAUGGAGAAGUGAAACCGACAGAAAAGAAGAAGUUCAUAACCAAAGAGGAAGAACCAGAACAGUAUUGGCAAAGCGCUGGCGAAAGAGAAGGGGAGAAUCCGAUGAAGACGCCUCUCCCUUACAUAAUCAUUUUUGGUAUGUCAACUCCAUUCGUCAUCUUAGCCAUUGCUUUUGCCAAUGGUUGGAUCAAAGUUCCUAUUCGCUGAGUAUUUCAUUUUCUCUUCUGCUUCCCUUGUUUAAGUCUCUAAACAUGAAAUGAAUCUUAGACGUCUUUUUUCGGCUGUAAAAGAAGUAAAAGAAAACAAAGUAUGCGUUUAUAUUGUAUGAUUCUCGCUUGCAUCUUUCGCUUUUGC